UUCACUUCUCAACUAUCACAUACUCUUCCACUAAGGUCCUCAUAACAUAUCCUUCAUUUUCUCGUCUUUGCUGCUCCCCUGCUCUUCCUAUGGCAGAUUUCGAAGGAGUGAACAGAGAGGUGGUUUCCACCACUGCCAUUGCUGCGGAAAUCGGUCAACAGCUAGCUCCAUUACUUCACAGAAGACAGCACUUACUCCAUGAGUAUCAUGUUAACGCUGCUAUCUUGAAUAAUGGUCACGGAAAUCACCACACGCAAGAGUACAUCCAUGCUUUGCGUCGAGUUUCAUUUCUUCUUCCCAAACUCCACGUGGUGCACCAGAUGAUUCUAAAUUUGCAGCAAAUGGUGCCUCAUGAAGUAGGUCUGCUCCAGGUCCAGCUCCCCCAAGUCGAACUUCCUCCCAACAAUUGAUGGGUCUCUUGUUGGGCCUAAUUGACAAGGCUUUGUUGAAGUUAAUUCUGUGGGCUUGAGCUUUGUAGUCUGUCUGUUAGUUUAUUCUGUGGGCUUGGGUCAGUUUAUUCUGGGUCAGUUUAUUCUGUGGGCUUGGGCUUCGUAGUCUAUCUGUUAGUUAGAAGUGGGUUGCUGUUUAUUAGGAGUAAUGGGUGGAUGAACUGCGGAAUCUCUGCUGGUGGUUAGAGACAAGUAGAAGUAUUUAUGUAAUUGUUUUGCAUUCAAUAAAGUUUAUCAGUUUUGCUCGGUUAAUUAUACAACAUUGUGGUAUCAGAGCCUCUGCAAAACUAGAUCAAAGCCGUGUGUCUCGUUCUUUUUUCCGGCUACUUCCAGAGUUCCAGUAUAUCCCCUUCCGGCGUAUCUUCCAUCCAAUUUCAAGACGCACAGAAAGCGGAAAUCUCGAUUCUCGCGGGUUGUCAAACCUUUAAAGUCCCAGUCUCUGCCCGAGUUUGUUCCGAUCAGUCUUUGGUUCAUUGGCUCUCACAGUUCUUCCGAGGUACGGCCAUCACUUCCAAAUUGAUCCGCAGUUCCGAUUUCAGUCUUGCUAAUCUCAGUUUAUGCAUUUCGAGUUCCCAAUUGAUCGUCGCUGUCCGCGAUUGUGUCCAAUUGAUCGAUCGUUGGAGCGAUUGCUUCUGUUGGAAGAAGAUUGUUUGUGUUAGGGAUUUCAUCUCGCGUCAUUUCAGAAAAACCCUUUUCCAUCGGCUGCGGUUGAACUGUUGAAGUUGACUUCCAUAUUCGACGACCCUUUACUUAUUUCUCCCCCUUUUUCCCUGCAGGUGACUAGGGAUUCUGAACCGGCAUUGUACUGUGAUAGAAAGCAUGGUAAUGAUCCCGUGCUCAGUUGUGGGAAUUGUCAUCUGGGCGCGUUUCUGUUUUGCCAGUCUUGAACUGAUAGUCAAUUCCUUUGCCCCACAGAAUUACAUUAUUGGAGCUUUCAAGCCCGCAUGUAACAUAUCAAUCACAUUAAAUGACGCCAAGAUGCGGAAACAGGUAUGAAUUCCUUUCUUUGUGCUGCUACUGGAGUUUUGAGAUCACAUUGUGCAUAGAUGAGAAAGUACCCAUCCAAUUGAUGUGCCUAAACUGCUCUAAUUGAAAAUAAAAUAGCUAGGGUUGCUGGAAAUUGAAAGGAAUUGGGAAAUUUAGGGUUUUUGGUAGGUUAGAUGGAGGAAGAACCGCCACACCAACCGGUGGUAAGGUUCGGGGCAAGGCGCCACAACCAGGGGUUGAUAAGCCUAAGAAAUCACAAGGAAAUAUUUCUUGCAACUCUUGAAAACUCUUAUUGAAGUCUGAAUACUGAAUUGAAUAAAACUGAACUACAAGCCUUCUAUUUAUAGAGAGGCUAACCCAAUAGAAAAGACUUCCUUCUACACCUAGGAAACUGAGAAGUAAUAACUCUACUACUAGGAAACAAAUAACACUCAUACUUAAGAAAUUAAAUAAAGCUAAUUUAAUAAAAGACUCUUAAACCAACAUGGACAAUAAUUAAGCAUCUCCUCCAAAUCCUUGUUGGACAAGGAUAGUUGUAAGAAAUCCUCAAUUCUCAAUUAACCCGUAGGUCUUGUUUGUAGACCCAUUUUCACCCAUCUUGAAUGCUCCUAAACUCUCUUUAAACCUCCUAAUUUGUCUAUUGACCCAUGGUCCAUGUAGAGAUGUAAUUUGGAAUCGAAUUAGGUCAUGUAGGGUUGGUAUAAUCCCAUGGAUGUCAGGCUCCUAUGUACUUGGGUUGCCUUAUGGUCUUUACGAUAUGGGGAAGCUUUUCCAAUGUGCCAUUGUUUAGAUGCUUCUUAUUACCACAGGUUUUUGAAUAUUGAUCAUAAUGUCAGAUUCCUACCGAACAUAGCUGUAUCCCUAGGUCUCAAUCAAAGGCCUCGACUAAG